AUGCCACCCUGGGAGUCAUCUUCAGAGAAGAGGACCUGGUAUGAGGCCAGAGAUUAUUGCAGGGCCAUCGGAGGAGACCUGCUCAGCAUCCACAGCGCUGCUGAGCCACAAGUAACAAGAUAUGAGUUUGUCCAUUAUAGGCAUCGGUCAUUCUGGAUUGGACUUAGUGCCCCUGACCCAGUUACCGGUUAUACGUGGAGCGAUGGAUCCCCAGUAAAUUUCCAACACUGGGAGGAUGGAGAGCCAAACAAUAAAAAUAAUGUGGAAUCUUGUGCUGAAUUCCAUCCAAGUAGGUGGUACAGUACCGGGACUUGGAACGAUGUCCAGUGUGAGAAGCUCAACGGAUGGCUUUGUCAGAUCCGUGCAGGAAUAACUCCAAAGCCGCCUCCAGACCCUGUCACUCCUGACUACAAUAUGACCUCAGAUGGCUGGCUGGAAUGGGAGGGGAAACAGUAUUAUAUUAAUAACAGGAAGAUGGCCAUGGAAGAGGCUCGUCACUUCUGCCAACAGAGGCAUGGUGACUUGGUAACUAUCAACAGUGAAGCUGAAAGUGUUUUUUUAUGGAAACAGAUAUCCAGAGAAUAUGGGUCUUACUGGAUAGGCCUGACUGUAGAUCUUGAUAAAACAUUUGCGUGGUUGGAUGGUUCUCAAAUGGUGUUUCAAAAAUGGGAUGAAGGUCAGCCUAAUUUUUUGAAUUAUGAUGAGAACUGUGUCGUCAUGGCAUCUUAUAAUGGGUUCUGGCAUGAUUUUAAUUGUGGGUACGAGCACCGGUCCAUUUGUAAACGUAGUGGCUCACCACCUGCCAACACCACUGUAGCACCCAUGGUGCCCCUUAAAGGUGGCUGCCUACCCAACUGGAUAAAAUUUAACUCCCAGUGUUACAGCAUCAAUAAAGACCAGAAAUUAACAUGGGAUGGAGCGAGGAAAAUAUGCCAAAAAAUGGGUGGAAACUUGGCCUCUGUUAACUCAAGACAUGUGGAAGCAUUUUUGAUUACGCAAAUGGCUGACUCACCUACUACAGACUUGUGGAUUGGCCUUCAUAGUCUCUAUAACUAUGAAUUUUACUGGACUGAUGGGCGACCAAAGUCAUAUAUCAACUUCAAUUUUUUUAUGUACAGCACUCUGUCAAGUUUUCGUCGACGCUACAGGAUCAUGGUAAUGUUCAAAUUUAACUUUACUUCAGGCGUAGCUGUGUACGAUAGUGUACUACAACAGUGUAUUAUGCAUCAAGGAGACACUAUCAAUGAAUAUUUUCUACUGUGAAAAGUAAAAUGCAUUUGUAUUGUUUAUGACUUUUGUUUUUUAUGACAAAUUUUUAUCUCUGGGUUUAUACUGCAGUAUUUUUCUUUCCAAAGACAGUGCAAUGCCUCUUAUUUUGUCAUGAGAAAUUACAGUACACUUCUGUAAUGAGACAACCACAUUUUUCAUUAAACAACUAAUUUCAUUAAGUCAAAAUUUUGAGAAUUUAAAAAAAAUGGGAAAAACUUAAAUUACAGGUUUUCUGACUGAGUCUUCACAUUGUGGUAGUGCAAUGGGGAGGAGAAUGCAAAUAUAGUACACGUAUAAAUAUUGUAUUAAUGCAUGACCUUUUUCAUCUAUCAAUCUUUCCAUUCUUCAUCUAUAUAUCAUGUGAGUGUACUCCCAUGAUAGGGUGAUGGAUCUCAUUGGGUUUGUUGGAACUAGCUUGGAUAAUAGUAGUCUAUGUCAAAACAUGUUAACUUUUAAAUUAUAAAACAUUAUGUUAGGACUGCCUCUUGUUGGUCAGCUAACGCAUUUUUUAAACUCCCUUCCCACUGUACACUCCUAACAAAGCGAAGACAAUGCUUUUCUUCAAAUAAUUUAAAUUGUUGUGCAGCAGAUCCUCAAACUGAACAUUGAACAUCACUACUGUAUUUCUUCAGAUAAUUCUAUAAUCAGUUUAUAUUUGCAGACUGUCAUUGCUAGAUUGAUAGAUAUGAGUGAGAUAUCCAUAAUCGCAAAAUUUCUAUAAGGAGGGGAUAGCAAACCUUUUUCUAUUUCUUUUAUUUACAUAGGAUACUAGGCCUUCAUUAAAUAAGAACAUACUAU